UGCAAGGGCGCGAGCGUGCACCGCACGCGCUGACCAAGACAUGUGGGCGGGAAAAGCAGCUGCGCGUCUACCGGGGUGUCUCCGGUAACUUCCGACGGGGCUGAACACGCGCGGCGCUCGGAGCAGAGGAGACCGAGCACCGGAGCCGAGCAGCCGCGGGAAGAGCCGACAGAACCGGGCCCAGUUGAUCCAGAGGUCCGUCGGGAGGCCGGGCAGGGGUGGGCCGGGGCUCGGGUACAGGAGAAUGAGCGAAGCCUCUGACCGGAGGGGCCGAGAACAUGAACGGGGCCGUGUACAUUUCGUUUUUCCAGGGGCAGCUGGAGUCGGUGCUGGAGCAGGUCGUCCAGCUCGCGGUCCAGGAAAUCAGCAAGACGGUGGGAUCCAGCCUGAACGGGCUGCUGCUGGAGACGGCCGUGAAGGAGCAGGAGAACCACCGGCUCCGGGUCCAGCUGCAGUCCUGGGAGACCCGGGGCCGGGCCAACGCCAGCUGCUCGGACGGCGGAAGCUCCCUGGUGGUUGGACGGAACAAGGCCGGCAGGCCGGCGGGCGACGAGGCGACGGAUAGCGGCAGGACAAAGCCCGAGCAGCCGCAGCGGCUCCACGCCCCCGGAGGGCAGGGCACCGAGCCCGGGUUACCCACCGACACCCGCCGCCUGGAGCAGAGGGGACGAGUCGUGGACCAGCUGAAGUCGGUCAUGGAGCAGGUCCUGAACUUCGCGGUUCGCGAGCUGACGAAGAUUGUUGAGGCAUCGUUUGAUGACCUCCUGCUGGAGAUCACCAAGAUGGAGCGAGAGCAUCAGGUCCUGGAGGAGCGACUGGACAAGAGCUCCAACAGAGGGGGAGAGAAGGGGAGAGCAGGGAGGAGGCGAGGAUCAGAGAACGACUCUGUGUCACCCAGCGGCUCAGAGGACGCUCGGGAGGAACUGGCCGAGGUCCCAGUGUCCAAACAGAUGGCAGAGACGGAGGACCCAGAGCGCCCUUCGGUGAUCUCCGUCUCUCAGGACUGGUUUCCGAUCCUGGACAAGGUCUUUGGUCAGAAGUGGUGCAGUGACGUCUGGCAGAUUAAAGAGCUCGCUGGUGCAGGCAGAGGUGGGAGGAGUGUGAGUGAGGGUGGGGCUGAGCAGAUGGAGCCUCCCCCCGCCCCCUCAGUGACCCUGGAGCCCUCCCCUUCCUCACCCCAGCAGGACCCCCGCUGGACCCCUCUGGAGGACAUGGAGGUGUUUUCUCCCGACGACGAUGCCGCAGAUGGUCAGACGAGCACCAGGAGAGGAGACAACGCUACCACCGCCACCACUGGACCCCCCCGCAGCCCUACAGGAGGGGGAGGAAAAUUCACCCAAAGACCCGCUGCCCACUUUUCAGGUUCAUCUGGUCGUCGCUCUUCGGCGUCCAUGCUUCACCGUCUUCUGACUCUUCCGUCUCAGCUGCUCGAGGAGGAGGAUGAGGACGCUGGUGCCAAGGAAACUCUGGCUGCUCUGGCCAGUGACGGCGCCAACGACUGCCCAGACGAUGCCGAACCAUCGGCCCAGACCUGCCUGUCGCCCCUGACAACCAGAGAGGAGGAUGAGGAAGAGGAGGAGGAGGACAAAGGGAGGAAGAAGAAGAGGCGGAGGGUUUGGUCCGAGUGUGACGAGUGUGGGCGGAGGUUCAGUCGCAUGUCUCUCCUGAAGGCUCACCGUCAGACCCACUUUACUGAAAUCGCCGGUGCUGACACGUCAUCCCCCUCGUCUCCGCCCGACAGCGCCACACCGGCGUUACGCUGCUCAGACUGCGGCAAGAGGUUCUCAUCAGCCACCCGCCUCCACAGCCACAUCCGGACCCAGCACCCCGGGAACCGGGCCUGAGGCUGGCAGGUCUCCUGGGUUGAACUGGAAACAGAAACUGACCAUUGACAGAGGAGGAGCCACUAACCUAGGAGAAGAUGGAAAAUCUCAAAUAUCUCCUGACUCUUCGGCUGCGACGUGACCUUCAACUCCACAUUCUUCAAAGUGAUGGUACAAACGGGGCUAGACCGAUUUCUAGAUCUGUAAAGAAACAUCACACACAUCUGGUUCAAAUCCAGAGAACAGGAUUGGUCACAAGAUUCUCCUCAUCAAUACGACGCCAUUUUCUUUUUUUUCGAAUCAAAACCUCAAAUAUAUGGAUCAAUUCAAAGAUUCAUUAGAAACUGAAAAUAUUUAUAUCAAAUAAUAAGUCAUCUAUUUAUUUGAAUGUUAAAGAAUAAAACAUUCAUCUCACAUCCUAAUCUAGGCCACUUAAAAAAACAAAUGAAAUUUGAAAAAGUCUACAAACACGAAAAUAUCGUGGAGAUAAUCAAGUGAAUCUUAAAUAUUUCCACUGUGACGCAUGAACUCCAACAAUUAAUUUGCAUAAAUGCAAAAAGAAACUAAAACACUAGUAUGAAUGUCGUCCCAGCGUCAAUUAUAAAAGACCUGGAUUGGUAGAAAACACACGAUGUAACUGAAGCAAUACAUUGAAAACAAUCGCCAUAAAAAAUGUCUACGAAAAGAGAAAAUGGUCAAAUACAAUCGGUCUAUCCCUCACCAGUGAUACGUACAGGAACCAAUCAGUGUCUCUGGUGGAAGGUCACAUGAUCCUGAAACCCUGUCCAUGAAGUUCGAACAUUGAUCAAUGUUAAUCUGGUUUUCUUUCCAACUUCAGUAAACAAACGCAUCUCGGCUAAAUCCGAGUCAUGAGCGUCGGGUCCAAUGGUCCAAAAGAAUUUUUUAUUUUGCCAGAAUGGAUUCCUGCUCCUCUGAGACCAUGAAAAAAAGCAAAACGUCAAAACUUCAGAAGAAAUAAAAUCCAGUUGAACAAACGGGAGAAAACCUGAAGGCAGAGACGUCGGGUUUGACCUCGUGCUGUAAAACAUCGACAAACCUCUUGGGGGCGAGAAACGAGCGCCGGCUGCUGCAGGGGAGUGGGGGGGGAAAGAGGCUCCUCCCCUUAGCAGUCGCAUAGUCGGAGCGUCGUUUGCUGUUUCCUGACUGUGACAGUUUUAGUUUUUGGUGUUGGGCGUGUAUAGCGAGGACGGUCGCUCCCACAGGAACACCUGACCUGUGACGACUUUCACGCCCCUUUUUUGUAAGUGGCCUUUUUUUCCUCCAGACUUCACCUCUUCUUCUUCUUCUGUUUUUUUGGAUUAUGGUUUCGACAUAUUUUUCAUUUUUAGAGGUCUGAGGAUUUCUGGUGUCGGCGCCUGUACAGGAAAACAAACGUCGCCAGUGGCAUCGUUUGUUUGGACUCGUUGAAUGUGAAUCAGCUGUUUUUAUCAUUUUUACGUUUAAUGUACAGUUUUUACUUUUCAAACAAAACUGAUGAGACUAGAGAAAAGAAGGUUUUUAAUCUUCCUUUGGUUCAGAAACCUCAUGUUAACACACGAUACCUCCUGACACACAAACUGAAAACGCUUCUGCUUCAGCUAACUUCACCCAGUCCCUGUACGGAAGACCAACUCUGCCACAAAAAGAAAAACAGAAAUUAUAUCAAAACCAAAACAAAAAUCCAACGGCAAGAUUCUAAAUCUGGAUAAGAUAAGAUGAGUUUGAAUAAAAUUUUAUUUAAAAGAAAAAAAGUUUCAUGAGAUAAUCAUUUAUUUUUCUCAUUUACACUAUUAUAUUAUAUAUUUCUUUUAAUUUCUUACUGUCUAACCUUUCAAAUGUUAUUUUUCUUUUUCUGGCAGAAUUGACUCCAUAUAUCAAUGAGAUUAUAAAAUCAUUAUUAGGUUCAAAACUCUUGAGACUUUCUUCUGUCUGGUCUGAAGAGUUUUUAAAGAUUCGACAGAAAAAAACAAGAAAUCAAGUUCAUGUUUUUUGAUUACGUUUCUCUUUAUGUCUGAUCAGCUGGUUUUAGGGAAAAACACAAACAUUUAAACACGUGUUUAUCAGAGGAUUAUUUCACAUUGUUUUAACUUUAUACGGUAAGUUUUAACUUUGUGUCUCUGAAUGAGAUGAAAGGAAUCCAGAGGUGCAGAACUGUCACCAACACUGGAAUCAAAAAGAUCAAAGACAAACUAUCUUCAUAUUUUUCUAACAGAAACAGAACCGAACAUCGAUUUGAUCGAGCAGCGUUCAGAAAGCCGACGUCGCUACGACACGUGUGGGCGAUGAUAAUAUUUUUAUACCCAAGCCUAACCCCCCCCCAAAAAAAGGUCUGACGUUGACCUUUUAUGUUCGGGCAGACUAAAGGUUUCAAAGCGUCAGCCGUUGGCAUGGCAAUCAAUGCCAAUAUCAGUAUUGGAAUACUUUGUGUUUUUAAUUUUAUAUAUCUUUUAUUUUCUACUUAUUGUUAUAUAUGCAUUACUGCAAAAAUAAACUAAUAAAUAACGCGCUCAUUGUUACCAGCAGCGUGAUCAUGUAACAAAAAAUAUUUGUGAAGACAAGCGUCACAAUCUCGUGUCCAGACGACCCAUCUGUAAACAAUUUAAAAUGAAAAUGAAAUUCGUACAUGAGUCGCAUGUCAGUCAAAAAUCCAACUAUGAAAGAAGUACAAACAGCAUUUUUCACACUCGUUUGAAUCCUUCCCCCGUUUUCAUCCAUUUGCUCGUCCUCUGGUAAAACUGGAACAGGAUAGAGCGACAAUGAUUCUCAGCAGGAAAGAAAUUAAUUCAUCCUGGUAAUGUUCACGUGUCGUCUUUUUGUUUUGUGCGACGUGAGCGAUGUUCUGAUUCUGUCGUUUCUGCUUGUAACUGUGCAGAUUGAGACGUUUCCUAGUGAAGACUUUUUACUCAUUUUGAAGCAAUAUGAAGCUCAAACUUUGCCUGGUGGCCGAGAGUUUGAUUUAUUGUUGAAGAAAGCACAGUUGCAAAAAAGACAAAGAUGAUGUGCAACAAAAAAAUCUAAACCACCUGCGAAAAACAUCUUGACUCAAUUCAACCUGAAGGUUUGAUUUCAGUGGAUCCUGACUCCCGCUAGCUCGAUAGCUUGUCUUUGCCUCUGAAUGUUGCUUAAAUAGCUUAAGCUUGUCGUCUGCUUCGCUAAUAUCUGAAUUAGCCAACCGCUUUUCUGCAAACUCCGAGCGUCCCGAUGUGAUUCGUUGCACUUUCAGUUUAAACUCGUGUUCACAUACCUCAUUUUUUUGUGAUUCAUUUCAAGUGUUAAACUUGUUUUUCAUCUUUCCACACAAACCUCAUUACCUCACAGACGUUCAGCGUCGACAUGUGACCACAAUAACGUGUUGAUUUUAUUUUGUCUGUUUCAGUUGGGAUGCGUCUCAGUUUACGAAUCUUCGACUAAAGACCACACAACGGUUCUAAAGUUUGAUUGACACGUUGGUUUUUUCCAGCGGAUUCAUUUUCACUAAAACACAAAUAAAAAAGAAAUACAGAAGCUCAUUAAUGCCAAGACAAGGAAAGAUAUGUUUUUAUUUAGUGAAUCUUUUUUUUUCUUCUUUUCCUGGGCUUCCAUACAGAGUGGAUAUUCCUCAUAAUUUGUACAUUUUACUCUUAAGUAACAAAAUAAAUUUAUUUUUUGAUUGACAUAAUCAGGAUUGACAAUUAUCCAUCAUAAUGAACAAUGAAGAAACAGUAUUUAUAUCGUACCUUUACAUUAAGUUACUGAAGUAAAUAAAAACUCAAUGUGAUCAAACAUGCAGGCAUUAAAUUAAAGUUGAAAGAAUAAGAUGUAAUCAAAAUUGCAGAACAGAAGAGUGACGAUACAUAAAUGCACCAAACAUGAGUCAUCAGAUUUUCCGUUGUGUGGUUUUUACAGAAGCUGUGUCACUGUUCAGGUGAUGAAAGAAGGAAAUGAUUGUUUUUGAAGGACGUUCACAGAAAAUCCUUUGAAUUUGAAACUUGUCAUUUUCAGCCCUGAGACGCAUCCAGACUCUGUUGAUGUGAACGCAUCAGCGAUCACGAUUCCUGUGAUUUAUAUUUGUUUGUUGGCAGUUUUCUGAAAAGUGGUUUUGCGGUUCUCACGAUGUUUUGGUUCAGCCUCUUGAGUUAAAACUUCAGGCUGUGAAGAAGUGAAUUAAAAUGAAAGAAGGGCGGCCGAAGAAUUUCACAGGGAGCCCAGGCAGACCCUGAUCUUUAAAAGAAAAACUAAUCGUAAGAUUCCUGAAAGAAACCCGUGUGGUCAGUUCGUAGAAGUACAGCUGGAGUUUGUAAAACGUACCGCUGGGGUUCCUCAGGGAACGAUCAGAGGUCCUUGUGUUGUUUGAUACAAAUGUGAGAAUGAGGAGAUGAAAGGGAUGUUUUAUUAUUUUUAAUAUUCACAGGGAAACAGUGUUCAAUUUUUUUAUUGUUAUUAUUUAAAUCUAUUAUAACUCCCUGUAUAAUCUCGAUGGACUGCCUUCGUUUGUUCAUGUGUUUAGAUUUAUGCAAUACUUUUGAUAAAAUGUGCCCUUUUUUGUAAUUCAGCACUCUAAUAAAACCAAAUCGAAGAGUUUCCUAUUUAUAAAUCUAAAAAGUGCUGUAGUUGAGUGACAAGAGUAAGAAAAUGAAAAAAAUUCUCAUUUCCACUCUGUCGAUGUGAAAAUUAACUCGAAAUUGAUCCGACCUUUGACCUUUUUGUGACAAUUAUUGCCAACUUUUUUUACGUUAACGAGUGAAACGGAGAAUGUGAUGUGUUGAGCUGUUGAACCUCGUUAAUCACAGCUGCACCGUCUGAAUGUCAUUUACAUAAAGUUACGACUCAGCCACGACCACGAAGGCGAAGCUGUGUUUUUUAUUACCUGUUUUAGUCUCUGAGACCAGGUACUUUUUAGUGUUUCAAUUCAAAACCAAUAAAUGUUCACAACUAC